GACGAGGAGAAGUUCCGCAAGAACCGAGAGCUGGAGCUGAAGCACGGCCGCAUCUGCCGCUCGGCGCAAACGUGCAUGGUCGCCACCAUCGGCAUGAUCGUCCCCGACCUCUUCGGCCGCUUUGGCGGAUACCUGUCCCCGUCCAUGAACCUGAC